AUGGAGGUUGGUAUUUAUCAGGACGCGAUUGCGGCGGCUAAGCAAGGCCUGAACGCACUGAGGCUUCGCACGAGCGCCGCCGAGGCAGAGCAGGAACGCAAAGAGGCCCUGCUGCGAGAAAUACUGGCAAAGGUGGAUGCACGGCAAAGAGAAAAGGAAUGCGUGUGGCAUCGCAAACGCGAGAUCGCUGCCGAUACGGUCUCUACUCUGAACGAAUUGCGUGCGAUUGAGGAGCUUGAUAUGCUAGAGAGCAUGCUGGUGGAGAAAAACACACAACUGCGGCUGCAGCAGUACAGACAUGACACGCUGCUGCAGCAGUUAGCCAAUCUGGAGACCAUCCUAGACGAGUUGUCUCUGGAGGGGGACGCGGCGGGGAGCGCAGGUGAGGCGCAAUCGGCACAGUGGGCCUCUUGCUGUGAGCAACUCUCUCGCUGCAUUGCCGCGGCGGAUCGAUACUGUGGUCGUCAUUCCUCGCACGUGUUCAGUCACCCCGUCUCGGUCAUUCAAAAGAGUAUCCGCAAUAUGUGUCGGAUAGUUAGAGAGCGAGAAGAACGACUUAAAAUUCAACAUGAACACAUCGACACACAACUGCAACACGCAGCAUCACUAGACGACAGCCUUCAAGGCAUGGAAGAAAACUCUACAUGCAAGAUGGAGGAGCUGAGGCGCGGCCACAAGGAACUGAUGCAGGCGAUGGAGCAGAGAGGGGUGACGGAGACGCGGAGCCUACGCGGGGAUCUCUGGCGAGCCGCAGAAGCACGCCAACAUCUUUUGCGCCGUUUAGAGGACGAAGGGCUUCUUCCAGUGGAGGCUGAGCUGCCCCCGUUGCUCCUAGGAUUGUGCAGUGCCGAGGAUGCCUCCCCCACGCCGCGUGAACCGUGUGAAACGGGGCAAGUUAACAGCGUGGAUGUCAGUUCUGAGGGCGUGGGCAACUCACAUCCACAGCUGAGGUCGGUGCAAGUACUGCGACGCCCACGCCUCGUUGGUAAGGAGACAGCAAGUGCGAUCACUGCUGUUAUGGGCCCAUGCAGUACAAAUAACAAAGAAAAGGGCAGGAAUACCACUGGGGAUGGCACGGAUGACGCUGAGACCGAUGCCACUGCGACGGAGGCUCCUGCCGUGUGCUUUGAAGGCGAGGCAGCGGGCUCUUCCCUCCACCGUGGUGUAGAUCCCGCGCCGGAUGCGAUGAACUCGGAGUUGGAGGAGCUCGAGGGCCAGGUUAUCGCCGCUGAGAGGGAUGUUGAUCGGCUGCAGCAGCGGUACGAAACGCUAGGAGAAGAGGCCGAAAGAAUACGAGACGAGUAUGCAAAGGACCGAAAGGCGUUGGAGGAAAAGCUUUCUGCGGCGCAAGAGGCGGUGUCUGUCCUUGCGAGGGAAAAGUCUGAGUGGCAGGCACUGCAUCAGCAAAUGUCUCUUUUAAUUUCUUAG